AUGGCCUCUCUUCGCACUGGUCUUCGUGUCGCGCAGCCUUUGCGAGCAUCGGCUCGCAACUUUGCUCGUCCCUCGAUCCGAUCCAGCGUGCGCCACUACAGCAGCCCUGCUCCUGGCUCGCCCCCUCCUCCUCAGCCUUCGUCGAGCUCGUCCACCAGCAAGGUGCUUCUCACCUCGGUCGCCAUCGCCGCUGCCGCCGGUGGUGCAUUCCUCGCCCUCGGUCGCGAUGACAAGAAGUCGACGCUCGGCGUAGGUGCCGACGGUGCCAACAAGCUCCAGGGCUCCAAGGGCUCCGUUCCCCCCACCACUAGCGCCCACUCCAAGGAGGAUUACCAGGCGGUCUACAACGCUAUCGCCGAGCAGCUCGAGUCGAACCCCGAGUACGACGAUGGCUCGUACGGCCCUGUCCUCGUUCGUCUCGCAUGGCACGCUUCAGGCACCUACGACAAGCACAGCAACACUGGUGGUUCCAACGGUGCCACGAUGCGAUUCGCUCCCGAGUCGGAGCACGGUGCUAACGCUGGUCUCGGCGCCGCCCGUGACUUUAUGGAGAAGAUCCACAAGAAGUUCCCUUGGAUCACCUACUCGGAUCUCUGGACGCUCGGUGGUGUCGCUGCCGUUCAGGAGCUUGGCGGUCCCAAGAUCCCCUGGCGCCCUGGCCGUCUGGACGCCACUGCCGACAAGUGCACUCCCGAUGGCCGACUUCCCGACGGUGACAAGGGCCAGGACCACCUGCGUUACAUCUUCAACAAGAUGGGCUUCAACGACCAGGAGAUUGUCGCUCUUUCGGGUGCUCACGCUCUUGGCCGAUGCCACACGGACCGAUCCGGAUUUGAGGGCCCUUGGACUCACGCUCCCACCUCGUUCACCAACGAGUACUUCAACCUGUUGAUGAACGAGAAGUGGAACCUGCGCAAGUGGAACGGACCUCCUCAGUUUGAGGACAAGUCGACCAAGGCGCUGAUGAUGCUCAUGACCGACAUGGCUUUGGUACAGGACCCUUCGUUCAAGAAGCACGUUCAGCGAUACGCCAAGAGCGAGGACGAGUUCUUCAACGACUUCCGAAGUGCCUACGCCAAGCUGCUCGAGCUCGGUGUUCCCGCCGAGAACUUUAAGAAGUUUGAGACCAAGCUGGACGGCGGCAGGCCGUUCGAGUUUGCCACCUCUGCUGAGCAGGAGAACGCCAAGCAGUAG